UGCAGACAGGAAAAGAAUCUAUGGCUGAUGAUGAGUCAUAUGAAUUGGUUGUUGGUAUGCUGUUUUUGACAGACCAGAUUGAUGCUGCCUUGAGAUAUGUUGAUUUGACUUUGAAAUCUGGUUAUAUGUUGUCAAUGAGGGUUUUUGCUGAGUGUGUGAGAAGUUGUGUUAACAAAGGCAGGCUGGAUGCUUUGGUGUCUAUUAUAGAGAGGUGCAAGACAAUGGAUCAAAAUAAAGCUCUUUCUCCCUCCUGGAACAUGUGCAUCUUCAUUGCAGAUAUUGCGAUGCAAUAGGAUAAUAGCAAGUUAGCUUUUUAUGCCCUGUAAUUCAUGGCCAGAUGGAUUGCUCGGGGUGAGAAUGCAAGGGGUCAUGUUCUACUCUCUGUGGAUGAGGGGCUUGUUGUAUCAACACUUGGAACUAGUGGAAG